AUGAUGGUCAGGAAUUACAAGAAAAAGGGUACUAGGAGUGGAGAGGUAGACGAAGUUGCAAUAUCAAAAGCUGUCGAUGAAGUAAUUCUAAACAAACUCUCAUUAAGAAAAUCAGCAGCCAUGUACGGAGUAAAUCCACAAACAUUACAAAGCCGUCUCAAAAAGUUACGAACACGAGAUUUACUUAGCGAAAAUCGUGUUUUUGACUCCAAAUUUGCAUCGCAGCAAGUUUUAACAAAAAUCGAAGAGGAACUUUUAAAUAAAUACAUCUUAGAGUGUUCCAAAAUGCACUAUGGACUAACAUGUGUCCAAGUUAAAAAACUGGCAUAUGAAUUCGCUAAGGCCAAUGGACUGAAAUAUCCAGCAAGUUGGGAAAGAAACAAGAUGGCGGGAGCAGACUGGUUAGCGAGUUUCCGAAAACGCCAUCAAAAUUUAAGUUUGCGCAAGCCGGAAAAUACCAGCGCUGCAAGAUCAUUCGGGUUUAAUAAAACGGCAGUGAAUGAUUUCUUUCAGAACCUGGAAAAUGUAUACCGCAAGCACAAUUUUACUCCCAAUCGGAUUUUUAACUACGACGAGUCAGGUAUAUCUACUGUGCUGAGCACACCGAAAAUUUUAGCUGACAAAUCCCAAAAACAAGUUGGUCAAAUAGUGUCUGCCGAAAGAGGAGAACUGGUGACAUUUGGCGGUAUUAUUUCGGCCAGUGGAAACACCAUACCACCUUUAUUCAUCUUCCCUCGAGUACAUUUUAAGGACCACUUCAUAGAAGGUACUCCAGAAGGCUCUUUAGGUGUAGCUACGAGAAGUGGAUGGAUAAAUUCGAGCAUUUUUGUUGAUGUUUUAAAGCACAUACAGAAACACACCUUAUCUUCCAAAGAAAAUCCGAUAUUGCUCUUAUUAGACAACCAUGAAAGCCACACUUCUAUUGAUGCCAUCAACUAUUGCCGGAACAAUGGCAUAGCGUGCCUUUCCUUCCCACCUCUCACGACUCACCGCCUUCAACCAUUAGACGUUGGAGUAUUUGGGCCACUUAAAUCUAAAUUAAAAACAUCAUUCAAUGACUGGCACGUUUCUAACCCGGGAAAAACACUUAACAUCUACAAUAUCCCAAAACUCACAAAGAUACCUUAUUUGGAAUCAUUUAAUGCAAGGAAUAUCACUAGAGCAUUUGAAAAAACCGGAAUAUGGCCUUUCAAUAAAUUGAUUUUUAAUGAUGAAGAUUUUGCGCCAGUUCAAGUUUAUCAUUCUAAUCUUGUAACGAAUGACAAUGAAAAUACAGCUGGUGAGGAGCAGCGUGGAAUACCCGAUAAUGAGCUUGUUACAGUUAGUUAUGAACUCGCAGAAGUCAGUGGUGAUGUUCCUGCUCGAACACCGACGACUUUGUCUAGAGAUGUUUCGCCUUCACUGCUUUCACAACCUCUUCUAUUUAUGGAUUUUGAUAAACCUACACCAUCUACUUCCAAACUAUUGAAGACUCCGGAAAUGAUAAGGCCUUUCCCGAAAGUCCAAAGACGCAAACAAACAAGAAAUGGUCGAUCACUUGGAAAAUCAACGAUUUAUACCGACACGCCUGAGAAGAAUAGAAUUGAAGAUUUGAAAAAAAUUAAAGAGAUGAAGAGAUUAGAAAAAGAACGAAAAAGUAGAGCAAGAGAAAUAAAAAAAGCAUUGAGUUUAUUAAAUGAAGAUAAAACCAAAGAGAUUGAAACAAGUAGUAGCGACAGUGAAACAAUCAGCCUGAGAGAAAGUUCUGCUUCACCUUUCGAUGAACUUGAAGAAAACGAAGAAGAAGAUGUUCGUGUAGAGCUUGUGGAUCCUGAAAAUGUCAAGGAUGGGGCCUAUGUCCUUGUUAAAUUUGAGAAAAAGAAGUCUGUUAUUUACUAUGUCGGUCAAAUAAUCAAACACUACAGUUUGACAGAAGUAAUGGUUUCAUUUUUAAGAAAGAAACCAGGAUCUUCUAUGAAAUUUGUAUUUCCAGACGUGAAAGACGAAGGAUCAGUAGAUCUAUCAGAUAUAGUUUUGAUAUUACCGGAUCCUAAAUCAGCUAAGACAGCUAGAACUGCUAGUAUUUUAAGUUUUAACAAAGAUCUCUCUUUUUAUAACGUCCAUUAA